GAAACGUUUUAAGUUCUCAGAAUGAAAUGUUUAUUAAACAGCCGAAGACAACUUCUACGCGAGAAACUGUUGUUCACCAGAGCGAAUGAAAUCAGCCAAGUUGGCCAGUAAUUUACCGGUGUGCGUCAUCUGCACUGACGUUAUAAGUGACCCACGACAACUACCCUGCGGUCACUCAUAUUGCGGACCUCCCAAAACAUGUUUAGAAGCCCAGAAGAUCGGAAGCCGCCUCAAAUGCUCCCUUUGUAAAAAGGAACACAUAUUGCAAAUAUCGGAUCUGAAACCUAUGUAUGGACUGAGAGAGUUCAUUGAAGAGCAAAAAGAAGUCACAAAAGUGAUUAAAGGAGAUCGAUUGUGCUGUUUCUUGCAUCCAAAUAGUCCAGUUACGCUGUGGUGUAAGAUAUGUCUGGAAACCAUGUGUGCAAAUUGCGUGGAAUUGGAAAAACACUCCGAUCAUAACUUUGUGCCGUUUUCUAUAAAUUUGCGAUCGAUACUGAAACAGCAGGUUGAAAAUUUCACAGAAGAGCGAUGGAAUCGUAUCAAAGAUUUUAAUCAAGAAAUAGCUGCACUGAAAAAAGAGGCACAAAAAAGCCUAAAACUGGCCGACGAACUUGAAAAAGCGAAAUGCGCCUAUGAAUCGAAUUGGAUCGAAAUUCAGGUUUUUACGCAACGAAAUGGGAAAUUACCCGAAGCCGAUAUAAUUGAAUGGUUUUUCCACGGACAUUUCAAAAGAAGUGGCAAUCAGUUACUCACUGGAAAAACUUCCCGCGAUGCGUGUUGUUCAACCGAAACUAUCGCAAAAUCAAACGCUCUAACACAAACGGUUUUAAUUUCAUCGAAACCUGUGACCAGAUACACUGCAACUCAAGCAAGUUUCAAGGCUCAUGAUCCAACGCCACAGAAACUGAGCCAAACUGCUACUAAUCUGGACUUGAACAAUGUCCGAGUAAUGUAUAAUGAUCAUUUCAUGGAUAGCCAAAACUACUCCGGUGACUCACAUAUAAACCCUAUUGUAAUUGAGUUUCCAUACGAUCGAAAUCAGAACGGAACUUUGAAGUCCAAUCAAAUUGUCAAUGAAAAAGGCAAAUUUCAUGUGACAAUUGAACGAGUAUUUGAUCAAUUGAAGACUUCUGUUGAGUUUACAGAGACUGCGAGCAGUACUGCGUUUACAUUCAACGUAACGAAGCGCGAUGGCAACGAAUUCUGGAUUUGGAAAUACGAAAAAGCGAAUGUAACUCUUCUUGAAAGAUUGACAACCCUUCAGUGGUACCAGCUCAAAACAGAUAAACCAAAUAAGACCUCUGUAAUUCGGACUACUCUCAAGUUUAAUUGAAUA